GCGAGCACAAAAGGCUGAGACACGGCGCGCUGUCGUGUUAGAGGACGUUGGUGUGAUGCUGCUGAAGUGUUGGCUUUGGAUGACAGACAGGAGCAGCAGCAGCAGCAGCAGCACCACAAACACAAAGGCGCGCCGGCCGGAGCCUUUAGCCGUAGCCGAGAUGCUCGCCUCUUCUCCCGGAGCCUUUCUGCUCCUCAGCCGCCGAGCUAAUUAUAAACAUUUCGGGGGGAAACGUGUGGCAUACUGCGUGAGCCUUACCUCGGGUUUCUUUUCAGGCUUCUGUGUCGAGUAUGAGGGGAGUAAAACACAUUCGGAAUAAUAGCCUGUGUGAAUUUAUUAGAUGGAGAGAAAAAAUUAACCAUUUCGGUUCAGUUAACGGAAACGGAAACGAGGAGCUCCUUUCGGCACCAUCCACGUGUGUGAGAGCAGCGGCGAGAGAGAGACAUGAAGCGCCCGAAGUUAAAGAAGGCAAGCAAGCGCGUAUCCUGCGCGAAACGGUAUAAAAUCCAGAAAAAGGUCAAAGAACACCACAAAAAAUUGCGGAAAGAGGCAAAGAAAAGUGGAAUUAAAAAAAGGACCAAAAAAGACAUCGGUGUACCAAACAGUGCUCCUUUUAAAGAGGAGGUCCUAAAAGAAGCCGAGCAGAAAAAACAAGAGCUUGAAGAGCUGAAGGAAAAAAACAAACUAGCCAAGCAGAAGGAGCGAGCUGAGAAGAGAAAGAAAGGGAAAGAAACAGCUGGUGCAGAAGAGGAGCCCAAAACAAAGAAAGCUAAGAAGGCCGAAAAGGCAAAGGUUCAGAGGGAAGCGAGGGCAGCUGUUGCCAAGGAGAAGAGCACCAAGGCGUUCAGAUGCAGUGAGCUGAAAAAGGUUAUUGAAGCUUCUGAUGUCAUAUUGGAAGUUUUGGACGCAAGGGAUCCUAUGGGUUGCCGCUGUCCUCAACUGGAGGAGGCCGUGUUGAAACAUGAGGGGGGGAAAAGACUGUUCUUUGUACUAACAAAGAUAGAUCUUGUGCCCAGAGACAGUCUGCAGAAUUGGCUUGGAUAUCUUCAAGCAGAAUGUCCAACAUUUGUCUUCAAAUCAUCCACACGCCUACAGGAUAGAACUGUGCUGGAGAAGAAACAGGCUGAUGUGAAUGGAACAGUCGACCUCAGCAGAGCAGGAGCUUCCUAUGGCUGUAAUUCUCUGAUGCAGACACUUACUGACUUGGCCAGCAAGGGAGAUGGAGAGAGUAUGCUCAAAAUUGGCGUUGUUGGUUUUCCUAGUGUGGGAAAGAGCAGUAUCAUCAACACCCUGAAGGGUAGCAGGGCCUGUAUUGCUGGAGUACCACGAGGACUGACCAAAUGUAUGCAGGAAGUGCAUCUCUCUAAGAAGGUGAAAAUGAUUGACAGUCCAGCAAUAGUGGCAGCUCCAUGUAACUCUGGUGUCAAUAUGGCUUUGAGAAGCCUACAAAUAGAAGAAAAUGAGAAGAGUCCUCUAGAAGCAGUUAAGACUCUGCUGAGAGAGUGCAACCAGCGGCAGAUCAUGUUGGAGUACAGUGUCCCAAAUUACAGAAAUUCUCUGGAGUUUUUGAUCUUCUAUGCCAAAAAGCGAGGUUUCCUGCAGAAGGGGGCUGUGCCAAACACGGAGCAGGCUGCAGUUACGUUUCUCAAUGACUGGACAGGGGCUAAACUGAACUACUAUAGCAAAGUACCAGAGAGGCAAAGCCUUCCCCCAUACCUCACUGAAGCCAUGGUUACAGAGCUGCGGACGGGUCUGGACUUGGACAAAGUGAAGAUGGCCAAUGAGCAUAUUAUCACACGUAUUCGAUCCCCAUAUGCAUCCAGCAGCAUUCUGUUUAACUCAAAGGGCAUGACUGAUGGACUUCUGAGUUUCACUGAGGUUCCAGCUGAAACACCUGCCUCUGUAGAUGAGGAACAGCAGGAGGAGGACAUCAUAGAGGAAACAGAGGACGCAAAGCAGAUUGAGGACCCUGAGGAGGCAGAGACUCCUGACACACACACAGUACAGACUCAGAAAUCUCAACAGAAAAGCUCACGUAAGAGAACGAAAGGAAAGGCCAAGCCUGCGUUCGUCAACAUUGAUGUGUUGGCUUCACAGCAGAAGAGUGAUGAUGCUUAUGAUUUCAACACAGACUUUGUAUAAAAUGUCUCUCUAUUGAGAGAAUAGAUUUUUGUGCCCGUUUCAUUAUUGACUGGAACAGGUAUUGGUAAAAACAUUUUUCUGUCAGUCUGAUAUGAUGUAUAUAUGAUACAGAUGAUUAAAGUGGCAGCCAUUUCUGUUUAUA